AUGACAAACAAAACUAAAAAAAAUGAAACGGCCGAGCAAGCGUUGGAAUGUGCGCGUAUUGCACGUAACCGCGCACAAAAAUCAAUAUCGGAUAUUUUGAACAUCGCGAGGCUAUCUGUGAACAAUCCCGCGAAACGGGAACAAUUAUCCGCUAGUGUGAAACGCUUAGAUAGUUUUUUUUCUCGUUUUCAAGCUGAACAAGAUGUUAUUAUUAAUUCAUUGGUCGUUGUCGGUCGUUCCGAUGAGUACGAAAAGAUCGAUUCACUCGUAGUGGAUACCGUCGAAGCCGUUGUCGACGAAAUUCGCGAAAUUGUUGAUCGAACGUCCGAAGUAACCGCGGCCAUACAACCGGUGCCGUUGCGACAAUCGUUUAGCACGUUUCCGAAAAUUGAAUUGCCGUCGUUCGAUGGGUCCAUAAAAAAUUGGUGUGCGUUCCGUGAUAGUUUUAAAUCUCUUGUACAUGAAGAUUCCAAUGUCGAUAAUAUACACAAAUUUCAGUUGUUGUCACAGAGUCUGACCGGUUCUGCAUUAUCUGUAAUUAAAUCUAUUCCGUUGUCGGCUGCGAAUUAUAACGUUGCGUGGGCAGCGCUCACCGACCGAUUUGAAAAUAAACGUUUGCUCGCAACUGCUCAUUCGGACAAGCUUUUCGCUUUCAAACCUAUAGCAUCGAAGUUAGUACUUACCGCCGCGAGUAAUCCUAUUCAUAAGAAUAAAGGCCUGUCGUCAUCUUCGUCAAAAUUGAACAAACCUAAAAAUUGCACUAUUUGUAAUCGUGGUAAACAUUUUUUGUAUCAUUGUCCGGAAUUUAAGACAUAUUCCGUAUCACCGCGUCGGGAAUACGUCAAAGAAAAUAAACUGUGUUUUUCGUGUAUGAGUUCAACACACAUUGAAGACACGCCCAACACGAAGCGAGGAGUGUUAUCCGCCAUUGCUAGAUUGUUUGACCCCAUUGGUGCCCUCGGUCCGAUGCUAUUGUGGGCUAAGUCAUUCAUGCAACAACGUUGGCAGACGCAGUUAAAUUGGGACACUCCGCUUCCCCCACAUCGAGCCCCACAUCUACGUAUAGCAUGGCGUCAAUUUUUAUCAGAGCUUCCGUCGUUGUCUAACCUUACUAUCACUCGCCAUAUUGACAUCCGGGAAUAUCAGGACGUUCAGCUUCUAGGAUUCGCCGAUGCGUCCCAACGGGGUUACGCCGCGAACGUGUACCUUCGUGUGGUCCAUCCAUCUGUUAAGGUUUCCGUUUCUCUUGUAACAUGCAAGACCAAGGUCGCCCCUUUGAAGGGUAGUGAAAGGGAUGAGUCUCUUACCAUACCUAGGUUAGAGUUAUGUGCGGCCCUAUUGUUGGCUCAGUUGUUGCAUCGUCUCCACACGAAAAUCGCGUCUGUCAUUCCUAUAUCACAUGUGCGUGCCUGGACUGACUCGUCAGUCGUCUUGUCUUGGCUUACGGCGGAUCAAAAAAUGUUCAAGAUUUUUGUUACUAACAGAGUAGCCAAAAUUCAUACUCUACUUCCAAAUGGCAAGUGGUCACAUGUACGUACCACAGAGAAUCCUGCGGACCCUUCAUCACGCGGAUUAUUGCCUAGUGACCUUGUAGCUUGUACGCUGCAUUGGAAGGGUCCAACGUUUUUACAGCUUUCGGAAGAUCAAUGGCCAGGACCACAGAUCGAAACACUCAGUCUUGACGGCUUACCUGAGGUGAAGAAUCCGUCCACGUGCGUGAUGGUUGUCUGUGAAACGCCGAGCUUCGAUACCUUUCUACUUCGUUUUUCGUCAUGGUCCCGUCUUCAACAUGCGUUAGCAUAUGCGUUGCGCUUCGUUGAUCGUGUAAUCGUAAAGCGACCCACGAACACGGACGCCCUUACACCAGAUGAAUUACAGCGUGCAAUGCGACUUGCCGUUCGAGUCACUCAACGUACAUAUUUUCCCGAGCUCCUAAAACAACUGGCCAAACCCAACCAACUAGUGACGCCCCCGACUAUGGCUCAGUUAGCACCUUUUAUGGACCAUGCAGGAUUAAUUCGAGGUGGUGGUCGGUUGCAGCGUUCAAUGUUGUCUGAUGACGCGAAACAACCGUAUCUACUUCCGAAGGAAUCCCACGUCACGUCACUGCUGAUCACCGCGUUUCAUCGAAGACUCUUACACGCAGGACCAAAGCUCAUCAUCGCGAUGCUAAGUCAAGAAUUUUGGAUUGUGUCAUGCCGGGAGGCCGUUCGUCGUGUUAUUUUUAAGUGUGUCACGUGCACAAGGCACAAAGCACUACAUCCAACACCUCGUAUGGGUAUCCUGCCUGAAGCUCGUGUCCAUUCAGUUCGCGCGUUUUCGAGUGUCGGCACGGAUUAUGGAGGACCCUACCUCAUUAAAGAAUGUAAAAGACGAAACACGAAAACCACUAAAGUCUACAUUGCGUUAUUUGUUUGUAUGGCUACCAAAGCCAUACAUCUUGAAAUUGUUUCCGAUUUGACAGCCGACGCGUUUCUUGCCGCUCUAGAUAGAUUUGUCGCACGCCGGGGUGUACCAGCACAUGUGUAUUCAGAUUGCGGCACAAACUAUGUUGGUGCUGCUGGACUGUUAAAACAGAUAUUUCGGGAUAAAAACGUCCAAACCCAAGUGUCCGCUCAUGUCGUUUGUGAUUGGCAUUUCAAUCCACCUGCCACGCCGCAUUUUGGUGGACUCUGGGAGGCGGGCAUCAAAAGCGUGAAGUUCCAUUUGAAACGAGUGAUUGGCACUCAAGUGCUUACCUACGAAGAGUUCGAGACAUUGUGUGUUCGAAUCGAGGGAAUUCUUAACUCACGCCCUCUCACUCCAGCUUCGAUGGACCCACAUGAUCACACCGCCUUGACCCCUGGACAUUUCCUCAUCGGACAACCAAUCAUGGAAGUACCAGAAGUAAACCUCAUCGAGAUUCCGAUGAAUCGACUGACACGUUGGCAGCUUCUUCGACAGAUGCAUCAGUCGUUCUGGAAGCGAUGGUCACGGGAGUACUUGAAUACGCUCCAGGGUCGUCAGAAAUGGACUACUAUCCAGGAUAACCUUAAAGUGGGGGAUCUUGUCAUUGUGGAUGCUCCAAAUCAGCCCCCUUCCGUGUGGCGUAUGGGACGCAUUACAGCUGUUCAUCCAGGUCCAGACCAAAUCGUCCGCGUAAUUACCAUCAUCACACAAGAUGGGGAGAUGAAGAGACCGGUGGUCAAAGUUGUUAAACUGCCAACAGAUAAGUAG